CAACUAGUGAUUUGUAUAUUACCGUAGAGUUAAAAUGUUGCAAAUGUGGUGAUCGAUUGUGAAAAUGGCUUUGAAUUUUUUUACAUUUCUAAUAAUUUAUUUUGGCUAUGCAAAUUGUAUAGAAAAAUAUGACGACAGACCAAGAAUUUAUGUAUCAAAUGGAGACCUGAAAGUUAUAGCUCCACCCGGUAAAAAUAUCGACUUUGUUGCACGUGGGACUUCUGUGGUGUCUAUAAAUAACAUAAACGUUUUGACAACACUAAUUAAAGCUCACAAUGCUACUAAAUUAACCGAAAGUUAUCAGCACACAUUAGUGUCGUACAAUGACAGAUUGGAAGCGCUGGAAGGAAGAAAUGUAGAUAAUCCUGUUCCUCUUGGUACUAAUGCCAGUGCGCCAGACUUAUUAAUUAUCUCUAGGUUGUCUUCUAAGGUUUAUCUCCUCUCUAUUAGGGUUAAUAGACUCUUUCGAAUGGUGAGGAAUAUAACAGCAACAUUAUCAAAAGACGACUGCUUAAGCAAUCCAUGUAAAAAUGGAGGUACAUGUCAAGACAUGUAUUCAAAAUAUUUAUGCAACUGUGCUCCAGGCUGGGAAGGCCCCGAUUGCUCUGUAGACGUAAAUGAAUGUUCUAGAAUACAAGGAACUGAUCUAGGUUGUCAAAAUGGUGGAAUUUGUCGCAAUACUAUUGGAUCUUAUGCAUGUGACUGUCUGAAUGGCUUUAUCGGACUGCACUGCAGUAGGAAAUCGGUGGAUUGUAUGACAGCUGGUUCAGAAUUAUGUGGACACGGGACAUGUGUAGCUCAAAGCAAUGAAAAGGGUUACAAAUGUCUUUGUGAUGCUGGUUGGACUGUAGAAUCAACUGGCCUUGCUUGCACCAAAGACGUGAACGAAUGUCAACAGAAACAUCCAUCAUGCGCUACAGGAGUAUUGUGUAUAAACGUUCCGGGGUCCUUCUAUUGCGGAUCUUGUCCUCCAGGUUUUACUGGUAAUGGCUACCAUUGUACUGAUAUUAACGAAUGUGACACUAAUAAUGGAGGUUGCAGUUUAAAUCCGCUGGUUCUAUGUAUUAACACACAUGGAUCAAGAGUAUGUGCACCUUGUCCUGCUGGAUAUGCUGGUGAUGGUACUACUUGUUCCUUCCAAGGAGUUUGCAACGUAAAUAAUGGAGGCUGUCAUCCAAUGGCUAGAUGUACAGAAAAUUCUGUAAUUGGUACCCAAUGUACAUGCCCUCUGGGAUAUAUAGGAAACGGAAUUGGUCUAAGUGGUUGUGUCCGUUCAGAUAUAGUACCCAACCAGCAUCCUUGUUUGCCCAAUCCUUGCUUGAACGGUGCAUGUUCAGUCAACGCUUCAUCUGGUUCUUACCAAUGCCAAUGUUACCGCCAUUAUAGAGGAAGGAAUUGUGACAUCCUAGCAGGAGAUGCCUGCACACCAAAUCCUUGCAUGAAUAAUGGUGAAUGUCAGAUAAUUAAUAACAAAUAUAAAUGCAAGUGCAAGACUGGAUACUCCGGUAACUUCUGUACAUACCAACUUCUAGGUUGCGGAGGAGUUCUUAAAGCUAAUAAUGGAACACUGAAAUAUCCUACAGGCGAAUUUGCAUCGGUCAACCUUCAAUCAAAUUGCGUCUGGACAAUUUUAUUAAACGACACCACUAAAGUUAUUUUUAUUAACAUUACGAAGUUUGAUAUUGAAGAAUCACCUUCCUGUCGAAAGAACUAUCUUGAGAUUCACGACGGUGGAAAUACAGCGGCUCAAACUAUAGGUAGAUUUUGUGGAAAGAAAAAACCUCUGAAUGGGACGUUUACUUCAACUCAUGACCGCCUCUAUUUCUGGUAUAGAUCUACCUCUGGCAAUUCUGUAGCUGGAUUUGAGCUUACAUGGAAAACCCAAGCACCAAUUUGUGAUAAGCUUUUGAUACAACAUUCGCAUGGUUCAAUACAAUCGCCUGGCUCACCUGGAAAUUACCCUCUAAAUCGGGAUUGUCACUGGAGGCUAUUUACAUCACUGGAUAAAAGAUACAUGUUUCAUUUCUUCACUCUAAACAUAGGAGACAAUGCAGAUUGUAGUGCCGAUUUUAUCAAGUUUUAUUCAUCAUUGUAUCCAAUGGAAGACAGCCUUUUCGCCAAAUUUUGUAACAGCUCUUCUCCAGCACCUUUCUAUUCACCAGGAUCAAGAGUAACGGUCCAUUUCCAUUCAGAUAAUAAGAAUACAUAUCCAGGAUUCCAACUCACUUAUUCUGAAGUAGAAGGGGUACCAGGAUGUGGAGGAACUUUCACGAAAUCUGAAGGAAUCAUACAAUCAGCGCAUCUAGAUUCUGGAGAUUUAUCAGUGUGUGAAUACAAAAUUCAACAAACUCCAGAUCGAAAGAUAAAAAUCAAUUUUAUUAAAUUUGAUCUGAGUGGUCCAGGAGGAUGCACUUUUAAUUACGUUGAGAUCCAUGAAGGCAAUAGCGAAGACUCACCAAGUGUUGGAAGAUAUUGCGGAAGUAAAAUCCCAGCUCCAUACAUUUCGCAGGGGAAUCAGUUAACAAUAAUGUCUUCUUCUUCAGGGAGUAAUCCCGACAAGGGUUGGAAGCUUGAAUAUAUAAGUGUUUGUGGUUCGAAAUUUACUGAUUUUUCUGGAUCAUUCAAUUCAAGUACGGUUGGCAGAGAUUCACUGGAUUGUAUCUAUCAAAUAGAGAGACCUCCUGGAAAUAUAAUCAUGCUGUUUAUGAAGAUAAAUAUGCCGCAACUGGCUUAUAUAAGAUUCAGAAGAAAUACAGUGGGUAAUCCAUAUCUUUCAGUGAAUAACUGUUUCUCUCGAUACGUUGAGGUAAGAGACGGCGAUCAUGAAAAUGCUACUUUGAUUGGUAAAUACUGCGGUACGAGAACUAUCAAUAUUACGUCAUCACAUAAUUUCCUUUGGAUAGGAGUACAUUAUCGAAGAUUGCGUUCACGAUUUAGUAAUGAAGUACCCGUUACAUUUGAGUAUCUUUCAUUGGAUGUUGGUUGUGGAGGAAUUCUUCGAAAUAAAAUUGGUAAUAUAGCAUCGCCUACCCAUCCUGAUGGAUCAUAUCCUUCGAAUUUGAAUUGUAAAUGGACUAUUAUAGCUCCACCUCAAGAUGUUAUUAAAUUAACCUGGAUGACUUUCUAUAUAGAAGAAAGUAACGAAUGUACAUAUGAUAAUGUCAAGGUAUUUGAUAAUAAUACAGAUCUGGGCGAAGGAGCUCUUAUGGGAAAAUACUGCGGGUUUACAUUACCACCAACUUUACUAAGUUCGUCAAAUAUGAUGACAAUAGUUUUUAAAACAGACGUUACAGUUAAUAUGGAUGGUUUUUUGGCAUCCUAUGUUACUGUACCAGAAAAAGAUGUUUGCGGUGGGCAUUACUUUACGCCUUCUGGUGUUAUAAAAUCACCUAGAUAUCCAGAAUCAUAUCCAACUAACAGGCAGUGUACUUGGACGAUAAACGUACCUCCUGGACAACAAAUCAUGCUGAACGUUACAGAAUUCAAUAUAGAAUUCUAUUCUGGAUGUAGAUAUGAUUGGCUUGAAAUACGAAAUGGCGGUACUUCAGCUUCUCCUUUAAUAGGAAAAUACUGUGGUACGACGAUUCCAAAACAAAUUACUUCUCAUGCGAACAAAUUUUAUAUUUUCUUCAAGUCAGAUUUAAGUAGAAGCGGUCCAGGAUUUAGAAUAACUUGGUCUUCAGCGGCAACAGGUUGUGGUGGAGUUUUAACAUCGCCUACAGGUUCUUUGAUAUCGCCACAUUAUCCAGAACCCUAUAGCAAAAAUACGGAAUGUUUAUGGAAAAUCAUUACUAGCGCUGGGUCUCGUUUGCAAGUAGUCUUUUCCGAUAUCAGUCUGGAAAGGCACAUACAAUGUAUGUCAGAUUAUGUGCAGUUAUUUGACGGACUUACCAUCAAUUCAAAUUCUUUGGGUAAAUAUUGUUUAGAAGCACCAAAUCCCAUAAAGUCUACUGCCAAUGAAAUGUUGGUAAAGUUCAGAUCAGACGUAGCUUUUCAAGGAAGAGGUUUUCAACUGCAUUAUUCCACAGUAUGCCGAAACACUGUCAAAGGAUUUAGAGGUGUCAUUGAAAGCCCCAACUUCCCCAAUGACUAUCCAGAGGAUCAAGAUUGUUUAUGGGAAAUCGAAGUUUCAGAUAAAAAUAAAAUAAAUAUCACGUUCUCUCAUUUUGAAUUAGAAAGAUCUUCUACAUACGCAAACAAUAGUUGUGAAUAUGAUUAUGUGGAGAUAAGUUACGCUGAAACUUCAGGUGAUUACGACGAGGCAAGAACAUACACUAAGUACGGGAAGUACUGCGGUCAGCAGAGUCCUGGGCACAUCAGUUUGAACUCAGAUCAUGUCCAAAUACGAUUCGUGAGUGACAAGCUAUUACUAGGAACUGGAUUUAGACUGGAAUGGGAAAUAUUCGGUUGCGGUGGUAUACUUAAGAAAAAAUCAGGAACGAUUACUUCGCCAAAUUAUCCUUUAGCCUACCCUAUGUCAACAGUAUGCGAAUGGAGAAUAGAGGUAGAUUUUGGACAGAGCAUACGGUUGGAGUUCCAAGAUGUUGAUAUAGAAAAGGACACAGUUUGCGACUUCGAUUCAGUAUCGGUCUAUAAUGGAAUAGAUGACACAUAUAAUUUAUUGUCAAAAAUUUGUAGACAAAAUAAGAACACAAUAAUAUCUAGUACAGGAAAUUACAUGUUUGUUAGAUUUAAAUCAGAUCCUAGUUAUCAAGGCAAAGGUUUUAGUGCAAAUUAUUCGACAAUACCUACCACAUGUGGUGGCCUAAUGACAGGAGUCGAAGGCUUUAUCUAUUCACCAAAUUAUCCUAAAAAUUAUAACAAAAAUGAAACAUGCGAAUGGUUUAUAGACGUAGAUGAAGGACAUUCUGUGGAGCUGAAAUUCGAAGAUGUAGAUCUAUUCCAAUCAACCAACUGCCUGCAAAAUUACGUCAAGAUUCACGAUGGUCCCUCGGCAGCAUUUCCAGUAUUAAAAACAGUAUGUGGAACUGACACUCCCAAUGACACCAUCAGAUCCACUUACAAUAACGUUUUCGUCGAAUUUAAAACCCACGCACUUUUUACUUCUAAAGGAUUCAAACUACAUUACCAUAAAUCCUGCGGAUCAAGGAUAACUACUCAGAGUAGUGGCGUCAUUGGUAUUAAUCAGGAUGAAUUUUCUGAAGUUAUGCAGGACUGUAAUUGGAUAAUCGUCGCUACUGAUCCAUCGAAACACGUUUCUUUGACUAUCUCACGGAUUUCUGCUAUGUAUUACUGUGAUGAGAGCGAAGCAUCAGUUAAAAUCUAUAACGGGCAAUCAUUAGAUUCCCCAUUAAUAGGCCAAUACUGUGGACCAAAAGUCCCUCCAACUAUUGUUAGCGAUGGCUCAGCUAUAUCCGUCAAUAUAACUGAGCAAACUGACUUUUUUGCUAGUUAUACAGUCAUAGAUUCGCAUUGUGGAGGAACCUUAACGUCAUCUGAGGGUUAUUUUGCUACACCAGGUUAUCCUAAAAAGUAUGCAUCCAAUAUGGAAUGUGAAUGGACCAUUCAAAUAUCUCCAGGAAACCACAUUAGUCUAAACUUUAUCGAAUUUGAUCUACUAGAUUCUGAAAACUGUAAUGCAGAUUAUCUUGAAAUUAGAUCUAAUAAUGCAUCUGGUAAAUUAUUGGGAGUAUUUUGUGGAAGUAACGAACCAGAAAAUAUAACGCACGUCGGUAGUUUAUGGAUGCUAUAUAAAGGUAGUAAACCAGAAAAGGGCGACACUGAAAUAACAGCAAAAGGUUUUUACGGAGAAUAUAUUUUGAAUACUAUUAACGAACUGACUGGUACUAGAGGGGAAAUAUGGUCACCUUUAUACCCCCUUACCGUUAUAGAAUACAAAACGUAUUCCUGGAAAAUAACAGUUGCAACUAAAAAAAGGAUCCUAUUAUCCUUUAAGGAGUUUUACUUAGACGCUAUAAACUCCCUCGACGAUGAAUGCUAUUUUGCAACAUUCGAAGUAUUUGAUGGUGUGGACGAUACUGCCGAAUCCUUAGGAAAAUAUUGUGGUCUAACUCCUCCAGCCCCUAUUAAAUCGACGUCCAACAUAAUGUUAAUUCAAGUUGAAUACAACAGCCCACGUCUUGGGUCUAAAUUUAAAGUCACAUGGGAGGAAGUUGACGGCGCAACUACAUCAAUACUACCAGCAUCGCAAAUAAUAAAUACAAAUUGUAGCAACGAUAACAAAACCGACAUAAAUAUACAUGCCCUCCACAAUUACACACUCACUUCUCCAGGGUAUCCGGAAGGAUAUGCGCCAAACUUAAAAUGCGAAUGGACGUUUUCAACGAUUUCCAUGAAUCACCUAAUUCUAUAUUUCUUCAACAUAGAUUUUAAUAUAUUCUCAAACAGGUUUAGCAUGAAUCGCAUGUGCGAACUCAAUGAUAGAGUAAACAUUUAUGAGAAACACUUUUUCGACAACGAAUGGAAAAAGGUAAAAACUGUAUGCAAGAGCAGUGAUGUAGAAAACUUCGUUCGCACAACGGAUUUGAUGAAAAUCGAGUUUGUAACAACUAGAUUUAUAAAUGGUACUGGAUUUAAAGCUAAAAUCCUAGAAGCUUGCGGUGGAUGGCUCAGAGAAUCUACGGGAUAUAUUAUUUUUGACAAUUCAUCCUUGCGAGGAUCAGAUUGUCAAUGGAAUAUAACAGUAAAGUCUACUAAAACCAUCGAAAUAACAUUUGAAGAAAUGAAUAUAGAAUAUGAUUCUAACAAAGGCUGUAAUAACUUUUUAAUGAUAAGAAAUGGCAAAUUUGCUGAUUCCCCUCUACUAGGUACUGGAAAAUAUUGUGGAACGACUUUACCAGAAAAACUAAGAUCUACAGGAAACAAUGUAUACAUUAAAUAUAAGGGUACAUCAAGCACACAAAGUUUUAGAAUCAAAUACCAAGAAAUCUCCGCCGAUUGCGGUGGUCACAUUAUUCUUAGCAAAUACGACAAUUUCACAGAAAUAUCUUCACCUAACUAUCCAAAUAUACCAACUCCGCAUAUAGAGUGCCAAUGGAUGAUCACAGCUCCUACUGGAGACAUUCUGAGAAUUGAUUUCGAGGACAGAUUUGACUUAACAUUUAGACAAAGCUGUGACGUCGAAUACGUAGAAUUGAGAGACGGUGGCACAGAACACUCAAAUUUGAUUGGAAGAUAUUGUAAAUCAUCUCCCAGUUCUCAAUUUACAACUGAUCAUAUGGUGUUUAUCAAAUUCUUUACUGACAUCGAUGACCCUAAAAACGGCUUCAAAGCGAAAAUCUCAUUAGAUCGAUGUGGUGGUACGAUACGAGGUAAUACCGGCGAAAUUUCAUACAACCAUCUCGGUAAUGCCAAAAUCAACUGCACUUGGCACAUCGCUGGACCCAUUGAUCACUUUUUAUCCAUCAAUUUCACAAAGAUAGAGUUAGCGAGGUGUCAUUUGAAAAAUAAUUAUGUGUCAGUUGAACAACGGAGACAAGUAGCCCAAGAAUCACUGAACUCUACUCUUUCGAAAUUCUGUGGGACCAACUUACCCAAGCCUAUCGUAAGCGAUAACAAUGAAGUCAUUAUCAGAUUCGUCGUAACAGAUGGACCUGGUAAAUUCUUUUUGAAGUACAAAGCUAGCCAGACUGCAUGUGGUGGAAAUAUGAAUGGCGAUACAGGCACUUUACAAUCGCCAGGAUAUCCUGUCAUGAAUCUUUUAAAUAGAUACUGUCAUUGGAAGAUUGAAGUACCAGAAGGAAGGCGCGUGACCUUAAAAUUCCUCGAUAUAGAUCUUGGACCCAAUAUAAUGCGAUUUGAAAAAGCUAUAGCUAUAUACGAUGCAACUGAUCUACGUCGAGUAAAUAUGGCAAUUUCCAUAAUAACUUCGAUGAGUGGCAAUGGAACUUUCGAAUCCACCUCGAACAAAAUGUCUGUUGUCUUCUGGUGUGCUACAAGAUCGGAACACAGAGGGUUUAAAGCUGUUUACACAUCUAAUGCACCAACAAUUUGUGAAGGAGAUUUCAGUCGAGAGAGCGGUAUUAUUAAAACUCCGCCGACGAGAAAUAGUUUGUAUCAUUGCGAAUGGUCCCACGUUCGUAGCGAUAUAGAUCGCUAUAGGACUUUUGCUAUUUCUGUAACUUUGGUAACAAAUGCUACAAAAACUAUAUCUAAUCAUCUAAUAUCGUCGAUUUGUUCCUACUCUUCUUUCUAUGUCGAAGUUACUCCUGAUAAUAAAGACGAUACAUUGGGUAAAUUAUGUUUCAAUACAGGUAAUCCUGUUGUGAUCAGAUCUCCAUUUUUUAAAACUAAAUUAGAGGUUCUAGCUAGUGUAUCGUACAAAAUGAAUUUCACAGCUACCUACUCUACCCACGACUGUGGAGGAAUUGUGCAUGACCAAUCAGGUGUAAUAUCUAGCCCGAAUUAUCCAAACAAACCUACAAAAGCCUACGAAUGUGCCUGGCUAUUGAAAGUAUUGGAGGGGCAGGUUCUAAAUAUAACUUCAAUCAAUAUAAACCUUGGUGACGAUUGUGAGAAAAGCUAUCUUGUUAUUUACAACGGAGAACUUCCAACGUAUCCGAAAAUUGGAAAAUAUUGCAAACAAUCCAAACCAGAGAUGCUAAUAUCUCAAAGCAACAAUUUGUGGAUCGAGUAUAAACAUGAUAUUUCUUCUAAUGGAGUUGGAUUCCAGUUCAAAUAUGAAGCUAUAAGCUCAGGUUGUGGAGGUUUAUUCCAUGAUAAAAAAAGAAACAUUCACUCACCAAACUUUGGAUCUGGAGACUACCCCAAUAACGCUGAAUGCUUAUGGAUCAUCCAAUCGGAGCCUGGCUACCACAUUAGAUUAAACUUUGUUGGUAGAUUCCAUUUGGAACAGAGCAACAAUUGUUCGAAUGAUUUUAUAGAGGUUUGGCAUUGGGAUGACGAAAAAUGGGUUUCACUUGGCAGAAAAUGCGGCAGAGAAAUCCCAACAGCUCUUGAAUCUAAGACUGAUAAAAUGAAGAUUUUGUUUAGAAGCAACGAUAGAAUUAGCGGGGGAGGAUUUAAGGCUACUUGGGAAUGGUUGUGUGGAGGCAAAUUUAUUGCAGACAGAAAGUCCCGAUAUAUCGUCAGUCCUGGUUACCCGUCUCCAUAUCAAAAGAAUCUUAAAUGCGAAUAUAUUAUAACGACUUCAAACCCUACUCGCGAAGCCGUAAAUAUUAAAUUCUUCGAUUUCCAAUUAGAACAAGGAUUUCCUGAAUGCAAAUACGACAACCUCACAAUACAAGGACAGAAUCUCCUUGGAAGUUACGUAUACAGCAAGAAUGUUUAUUGUGGAGACAAGGUACCACCAUCAGUCCGUAUGAGAGGAAUUAUUACUAUUAUUUUCCAAACUGAUCAGUGGUUAAACAAAAGAGGAUUUAAACUUGAGUAUGAAGAUGACAGUUGUGGUGGAGAAAUAACAGAAGAAAGUAUUAUCGAAAAAGAAGUAACUGCUUUUUCAGGAAACAUAGGUUACGGUGGUUUACGUUAUUAUCAACCCAAAGUUCGAUGUGUUUGGAACAUAACUGCCCCUCAAAACCAAAUAGUAAUUCUUUCUAUAGUUAAGAUGGACAUGUAUCUCACUCCAAUGUGUUUCGGCGAAAACUUGGAAGUAUUUAACCAACUGGACACCAACAGAAAAAAUAGAUUAGCUAUAUUAUGUGGUAAUCUAGAGGAAUCAUACCAAAUACCGUCUGAAACAGGUAAAAUGUUGGUAAAAUUGGAGAGCAUGCCCAAUAGGUUUGGAGGUUUCAAAGCUGUAGUCCGAUUUUCACAUGGUCCUGGACAGGGCUGUGGAGGUUUUAUUAAUCUGACUGACGUUAAAACUAUACGCUCUCCCAAUUUGGCAAACCUUGACUGCGGAUGGAAUAUUGUAGCUCCUAGGGACUACCAGAUCGUGGUAACUGUCAAUAAACUGGAUAUAUUGACUGAUUGUGGCCAAGGAAAUAAAACAAACUCAACUUGUGAUUGCAUGUUUUUAGAGAUUCGAGAUGGGUCAAGUCCUUUUGCUGAAAGAAUGGGCAUGUUUUGUACUUCAAUCAAUGUUCCAACAGUACGUCAUACUUCUGCAAAUACUGCCUACGUAAAGCUCUUUAUCAGAGGGCAGAAAAACAACGCUUUAGAAGUAACGCUACGACCAGUUUUAUCCGUUUGUGGUCCGUCAGUUUUAAUCGCCACAAAAGUCAAAAAGGAGUUAUUGUCCCCGAAUUAUUUGGGACACAGUUAUCCAGCAUUCCUGUCAUGUAGUUAUAUAAUUGCUGGUGGAGGCAGGUUCGAUAAAAUAGCUCUGCAUUUUGUCGAAUUUGAUUUGACAGAUGAAAUAUCUGAUAGACCGGACGGUAGUGGGAAUAAAUGUCCAGGAGACUAUCUCCAAAUUUACGAAAAUCCAAAUUCGAAUACUGUCAAUGGAUUGGGAUCAGAAGUGAUUUAUAAUGGACUAACCAAACAUGGUUCUCUAUUGUACACUGAUCCCAGAGGUAGGCACAUUUUCUGUGGUGAAGAUGACAAACCAUUUGAUUAUUAUUCAACUGGAAAUGUAACGAUUUCUUUUAUUACUAAGGGUAAAAUGCCAAAAGGAAGAGGUUUCAAAAUUGAGUACGCUUUAGCAGGUUGCAACAGAAAUUACUCAGAUGAACAUGGAAGAAUUAAUAAUGGUAAUGGUAAUAAUUCUGAAUGUAGAUUCUGGAUCAUGGUGCCCGAGAACAGAACAAUCAGCAUAUACUUUUCUUCAUUUUACAUUUAUUAUUCAAUAAACUGUACUCAAAGUUACCUAGAGGUUAGAGAUGCAUCUCCAACUGGCACAGUGCUUGCAAAAGUAUGUGGAUAUAGAGUGCCUUAUCCAAUAUUUUCUUUAUCAAACAAAUUGUAUUUCAAAGCGGUAAAUAAGAUAUUCUUGACACGUUACGAUCUCCUUUAUACAAGUACUGACCAAGGACGUGGAUGUGGAGGAAAUAUCUACAACAAUAAGGGCACAAUUUUUAGUCCAAUGUUUCCAAAUCCAUUCAGAAACGACACAAGUUGUACAUGGAGAAUUAGAGUACCAUCCAGUUUACAUCUUGUACUCAAAUUUACUAUGUUUGAUAUACAAGGAAAAUGUGAACAAACAAACUUAAAGAUAGAAACCACAACUGAUUCGAACGUAAACAGCGUGGAACUUUGUAGUACUUACCAAGCUGGUAUGGUGUACCGAUCUGAUUCCUACAUUAAUAUUCGUUACACUUCAUCUAUACACAAUGGAGGAGCAGGAUGGAAAGCGACAUUCCAAGCAGUAUCAAAAGAGGUUACCGAAAUAGUUUAGAACUAGAUUCCAAUGAAUUUCAUCAUGUUUAAUUUAUUUAUUGUCGAAUUAAUGAUUUUGGAAUUAAAAACUUAAACUCA